UAAGGCAGUCGCAGUGUUAUGCUGUGGAGUGUUGAUAUACACUUUAGCCGGAGAAGUUGUCACCGAUCAACUGUAGCGGACUCGGAUAGUCAAAUUUAACUACAGAUCCUCUCCAAUGGAUUCCUUCUGUGGUAAGCUGUUGACGUCUUUAUUGAUACUUCCCUUCACGGCUGGUAAUUACCGAAGACGGCUGAAGGGAUCCUGGUAUUAUGACUGUAUGAUCUCGUCCCGUGUUCUGUUCCUGAUUGUCCUUGCAAUAAUGAUAGUGUUUACCGCAAGUAAAAAUGUACAAACACAUACGGAAAUUCGUCUUGGAUUUGUCCUGAUUCUUCUGUCCUUACUUAUGAUCUUCGCAGUGAUUGGCUUCUCUAUUCUAGGAUGCUUGGUACAUAAACAUGGCUACCAAUAUAUUGUUGCUGCAAGACGAAAUGCAAGUACCCCGAAACUUCAGGUAUUAUUCCUGUGGAUGUUUGGCUUGGGAUCGGUAUUCUAUUGUGCUUUCUUUGUGGGCAAGCAAAUCGAGUGUUCAGAAAACACAACCAGUGGGUAUCUUUGGUACAUUUUACUUUAUUUUAAUGUUAUAUUGAUCUUGUGUCUUAUCUCACAAAUGGUUGCCUUAACGUACUUUUCACCAUACGAACUGACACAGACUCAUUUAGUUGAUUUUACAAUGUCUAUGCUGUUAGUUGCAAAUGUAUGCAUGUACGUGUAUGGGACACUAAUGGGUGAUACAUCAUUGUAUAUCAUUUAUAUCUAUCCGGACUCUGAUUUAGCCAACUGUUUGGAACAAAACAGCACAAUAUCUCUUCUACUAGAAAAAGCAAAGCCAAUUCUCAAACCAAACUUUACGGAGUUUUGUCUUAUGUCAUGCACGAUACUCCUGGAAAUAUGGUCGCCUACGAGAGUGCAGGUUCCUAACGAGGAAACGCCGUACGUGGCAAUAAGUGAUAUACAGGACUCGGAGCGGUCACCUCUUCUACCGAACGUCACAGAGAUUGAACAUCGUCCAUUUAGAAAUAGAGGCAGACGAACAGCAUGUCAGAUGAUAACACUGGUUUUCAGCAUACCAACAGGACUUGGUUUUAUUGUUUGUUAUAUUGUCAUGGCAAUGGGCUUAGGAAACAUGGAAAAUAUGCGAUACGUCUCUGAAAUAUAUGAACAAGCUGUUAAAGUCAUCGCAGUGCUUGCAAUCUUUAUUGGGUUCUUUUGCCUGGUUCAAUACUGUACUCCUGACAGUUCAUCGAAAGGUUUGAAAUCCCGGGAAUAUGUGUAUUUACUGUCAGCGUUUGGAUUAUUUAUGAGCCAUAUCAGUAAGGGGAUAGGUGGUGAUGUGUCUUCCGAGAGAUAUUCAUAUUUGCUUUUAAUCACCAGUGUCAUAGGCAUAUUCGAAGACUAUCUUCAAGUGGUGUUUCUACUGUACGCAAACCGAUGCAAGAAAUCUGACCCUCAAUCAAACAUCGAUUUACUUGAAUCAGUUCUGAUAAUUCUCAUGAUAAGCAACUUUAUAUUCUGGUUAAACGAUACUUUUCUUUUAUCUGAAUUUCCAAUUACACGGAUACUGGAACAUGACGACAUUCCUCCGGAAACUUUGAGUAUUGUGUAUAACGUUUUGCUACCCAUGUCCGUCUUUUUUAGAUUUUUUUCUUUCUUGGAAUACUAUGCAACCUUCGGAAAAUUUAACGCUUAGUUUGAGUGGAAAGCGAUAGAAAAAAUCCUGUUUCCAGUUACAAGUUGUAUCAUUUUGUACUAAGACGUUUAUAAUAGAACUAUACCGUUCAUAUUGCAUUAAUAUGAUCAUUAAGCUAAGAUGGCCAAUAUCAUCUUUUUAUUUCAAAUUUAUUUUUGAAUACAGAAAAAAACAUUUUAUGUGUAAUUCACAAUAUAUUGUUCGCGUCAACAAAAAGCAGCAAUUCGGUACCCUAGACGCUACAAACUAUAGUAAAGAGUAAUUAAUAAAUGUUUAUCAUAAAUUAAAUAUUUUUAUCAACACCUAUUAUAUUACAUGAAAGAUUGAUAUUUUAAAUCUAUGAGUAAUGCAUAUUUUUACAGUCAAUCCCUGUAUCAGGGAAAAAUAUUCAUUAGUUCUUUUUAUAGUCUUACUUGUUAACCGUAGUACACAGUUCUGUGUUUCAGGUAUGUUUCGCGAUUAUUUGUUUUUUUUGCUUCUUUCAUAAUAUAGCAAACAACACAACCGAGCUUUAAAUCACAUAAAGAUUAAAAUCACGCAAUUACUUGAUUUUUUUUAGGCGAGAGAUUCAGUUACGGCAAUUUAAACGCGGGAUAUAUUCAUUUAAACAAAUUAUCGAAAAUUUGCAUUACACUUAACUCACCGGGCAUACGGUUUCAAGUACUUCUAUUUGUUCAAUCUGCAAAAUGAAGCUAACGACAUAUUUUAUCCAUUACGGUAUGUAAACAGUAAACUGUAUUACUGAAGAAAGUUGUGUACAUAUUUUCAAAAUCAAUUACUCGUAACUGAUAUUUUCUCUCUCAAUAUUAACGAUAUACUGAGGUGACUAUAUUAUUAUGUACUAAAUAAACACUCUACU